UAGUUUGUGAUCUCUCAGGAAGGAAGGAAGGGGAAGCCACUCUCUCUCUCAAUUACUCCGUCCCUCUUUGAUCAAUCUCUCUACGUAAAAAGCACGAACCUUUAAACCCGGUCCUGUUCUGUCCGCACAAAGCAUUAAGAUUACCCUCCUUUUGUCCGUAUCCUCUCUCUCCCUAUGGGCAACGUGAACGCGAGAGACGAAGCGAACAGUGUCCACAACAACAACGCAUCUCCACUGGAAGACAACGACGGUGAGAUUCACUCUCGCCAUCAUCAUCAACCCAUGUCUUCCGACACGGCUCCUCCCCCUCCUCCUGAGCUCAUGGGCCAAUCUCCUCCUCAAUCCCCUCGCGCCACUCAAUCUCCUCUCAUGUUUGCUCCUCAGGUACCGGUGCUUCCUCUUCAAAGACCAGAUGAAAUCCACAUCCCAAACCCUUCGUGGAUGCAGGCCCCUUCCUACGAAGAGGCUUGUAACGAGCAAGGCAUCCCCACCAUGAUCACUUGGUGCCACGGAGGCAAGGAGAUUGCUGUUGAAGGGUCUUGGGAUAAUUGGAAGACAAGAAGUCGGCUUCAGAGAUCUGGGAAAGACUUCACUAUAAUGAAAGUCUUGCCUUCAGGUGUGUAUGAGUACAGGUUCAUUGUUGAUGGACAGUGGAGGCACGCCCCUGAGCUCCCUCUAGCUCGUGACGACGCUGGCAACACUUUCAACCUUUUGGACCUCCAGGACUAUGUACCAGAAGACAUUGAAAGCAUAUCUGGUUUUGAGCCGCCGCAAUCACCAGAGGCUAGUUACAGCAGCUUGCUUCUAGGCGCUGAGGACUACUCCAAAGAACCCCCUCUGGUUCCGCCGCACCUGCAGAUGACACUGCUGAACUUGCCUCCAGCCAGCCCUGACAUUCCAUCUCCUUUGCCGAGACCUCAGCACGUCAUUCUCAACCAUCUUUACAUGCAGAAAGGCAAAAGCGGUCCAUCUGUGGUCGCCCUUGGUUCCACUCACCGCUUUCUGGCUAAGUAUGUAACUGUGGUGCUCUACAAGUCCCUCCAGAGGUGAGAAGAUGAUGAUAUAGUGCCCAGUUCCCAUUAGCAUGUGGAAACUCAGACAUGCUUAGUAUCUAACUCAUGGAGAAUGGGUGUGUGAGGCUAUAGGAUAUGAGAAGAAGAAGAAGAGAUUAUCAUCACAGGCAAAAGUGUUUUUCCCUCUCAAUAAGCUCGAAUUUUGUUGUCUUUUAAAGUUGUCAAUAAGGUUUUAAGCAACAUAAUGAAAGAUGCAUUAUUCAGUCAUGUGUAUCUUUUGAUUUCAAGACUUUUUAUCAUCUCUUCUCCUUUCUUAGAUUAAUUUA